AUGGGCCACUGCGAACUUCCAAAGGCACCAGCUGCUUCCUUCCUCUCAUCCGAUCCCGUCCCAUUCUCACAAAGCGAACUUUCUUCAGCAAAUAAACUUAACGUAAUUCCUAGUAAAGCCUCUCCAGAUAAAUCACGAACAAACAGAAUUAGCCGACUGAGAUUAUCUUUAGUUGUGGUUGCUGUUAGUAUCAGAAUGACUUCAUUCUUCUCUUACCCUCCAUUGAAGCUACAAGAAGAAUUAAAAAGAACAGCGGACGCUAUCGUGAGUUCUGGAAAAGGGAUUUUGGCUGUUGAUGAGACAAAUGAAGGAAUUGGUAAACUACUAGCGUCCGUUGGCUUAAAAAAUACAGAGGACAACAGAAGACAGUACAGACAACUGCUAUUCACCACAGAUAAUAUAUCUGAAAGCAUUUCUGCCGUUAUACUCUUCGAAGAGACAAUUUACCAGAAGACGGACGACAGUGUCCGUUUCAUAGAAGUCCUGCAAAAGAAGGGCAUUAUACCAGGAAUUAAGGUUGAUAAGGAUGUGGUCUCUCUACCGUUAACCGAUGAAGUUACUACCCAAGGUUUAGAUGAUUUGGCCUCACGUUGUGCUGAGUAUAGGAACCAGGGAUGCAGAUUUGCAAAGUGGAGGGCACCUCUGAAGAUAACACAGAACACUCCUUCCCUCCUUGCUAUUGAAAGUACAGCUAAUGUUCUAGCGCGUUACGCAUCUAUUUGUCAAAGCGAAGGCCUUGUACCGAUAGUAGAACCCGAUGUCUUGUUAGAUGGUGACCAUGACAUCGUAAGAGCUCAGAAGGUGACAGAAACUGUCCUCGCUGCUGUUUACAAAGCACUGAACGACCACCACGUUUAUCUCGAAGGAACGUUACUGAAACCGAACAUGGUCACACCAGGCCAAAAUUGCGUAAUAAGAAAUACCCCAGAGGAGAUAGCUCAAGCCACAGUUACAGCCUUAUUAAGAACUGUGCCAGCCGCUGUAUCAGGUAUAGCAUUUCUUUCUGGAGGGCAAACUGAAGAAGAAGCCACGUUAAAUCUUAACGCAAUCAACAAAGUAUCUCUAAAGAAACCCUGGCCACUGACAUUCAGUUACGGGAGAGCUCUUCAAGCUUCAGUGUGGAAAACAUGGAGUGGAAAAAGGGAGAAAGUAAAGAUGGCGCAGAGUGUCCUCAUUGAGAGAGCUAAGGCAAAUAUGAAAUUUAUAAAAAAACCCACAAUGAGUACCUACUUCCAAUACCCAACACCUGAGGUUCAGGAAGAACUCAAGAAGAUCGCCCAAGCCAUUGUUGCUCCUGGCAAGGGAAUUUUGGCUGCUGAUGAGUCUACAGGUACCAUGGGCAAGCGUCUCCAAGACAUCGGAGUCGAGAACACCGAGGAGAACCGCCGUAAAUACCGUCAGCUACUCUUCAGCACUGACCCAGCCGUCUCUGAAAACAUCUCCGGUGUGAUCCUCUUCCACGAGACCCUGUACCAGAAGGCUGAUGAUGGAACUCCAUUGGUCCAGCUCUUGGAAAAGCGUGGAAUCAUUCCCGGUAUCAAGGUCGACAAGGGUGUUGUCCCGCUCUUUGGAUCAGAAGAUGAAUGCACCACCCAAGGCCUCGAUGACUUGGCUCAGCGCUGCGCCCAGUACAAGAAGGACGGCUGCCACUUCGCCAAGUGGCGUUGCGUACUGAAAAUCGCCCGCAACACCCCGUCCUACCAGGCUAUCAUGGAGAACGCGAACGUUCUCGCGCGUUACGCCUCCAUCUGCCAGAGCCAGCGUAUCGUUCCCAUUGUGGAGCCAGAAGUUCUUCCUGACGGUGAACACGACUUGGACCGCGCACAAAAGGUGACCGAGGUGGUUCUCGCUGCUGUCUACAAGGCACUUAACGACCACCACGUCUACCUUGAGGGAACCCUUCUCAAACCAAACAUGGUCACAGCCGGCCAGAGCUGCAAGAAACAGUACACCCCCAUGGACAUCGGUCGCGCAACUGUCACAGCUCUGCUUAGAACUGUGCCAGCAGCUGUUCCCGGAGUAACAUUCCUGUCUGGUGGUCAAUCUGAGGAAGAAGCAUCCGUGAACCUGAACGCCAUCAACACCAUCGACCUCAAACGCCCAUGGUCGUUGACCUUCAGUUACGGUCGUGCCCUCCAGGCGUCCGUGCUUCGUGCAUGGGCGGGCAAACCAGAAAACGUGGUGGCCGGACAACAGGAACUCUUGAAGAGGGCCAAGGCGAACGGCCAGGCGUCCCAAGGCAAAUACGUCGCGGGAUCAGUCACAGGUGUGGGAGCUGAGGCUGGUCUUUUCGUAGCUAACCAUGCGUAUUAG